ACAACAUAAUAACUCCAAAAAUAGCAUUGUUGCAAUGCUGUCUCUAUAUAUAUACAUAGAUGAAUCCAGAUUCCAGUUUAUGUAAGAAAAAAAGAGCAGAAGCUGCAGGCAAAAGAUGGCGAUGGCGAUGAGGAUGAUAAAGAGCGAGGCAAGGCUCCAUGCAGCCAUGCACGACGACACCACACGCGUCAAGCGCAGGCGAAGAGAUCCCUCUGUCUCUGAAGAUAAGGCAUCAGUGGCUGAGCCCAAGCAGGCGGCGGCAGCCACCACCGUGAAGAGAAGCUCCAAAUACCGCGGCGUAAGCAGGCAUAGAUGGACUGGCAGAUAUGAAGCACACUUGUGGGAUAAACUGUCAUGGAAUACUUCUCAGAAGAAAAAAGGCAAACAAGUUUAUCUUGGGGCUUAUGAUGAUGAGGAAGCUGCAGCAAGAGCUUAUGAUUUAGCUGCACUUAAAUAUUGGGGAACAUCAACUUUCACUAAUUUCCCAAUUUCUGAUUAUGAGGUAGAAAUUGGAGUGAUGCAAAGUACAACAAAAGAGGAGUAUCUAGCCUCAUUGAGAAGGAAAAGUAGUGGCUUUUCAAGAGGUGUUUCUAAGUACAGAGGAGUUGCAAGACAUCAUCAUAAUGGAAGAUGGGAAGCAAGGAUAGGAAGGGUGUUUGGGAACAAGUACCUCUAUCUUGGCACUUACAGUACUCAGGAAGAGGCAGCACGCGCCUAUGAUAUUGCCGCAAUAGAGUACAGAGGAAUCAACGCUGUCACCAACUUUGACUUGAGCAACUACAUCAGGUGGCUGAAGCCGGGAGCAAAUGCCCCAGUGGCUGCUGCUCAAGACACGAAGAUGGGGAUAGAUCUGCCGCCUUUGGCACCAGCUUACUUAGCAAGGGAGGAAUCUCAACCUCUGUCUCCCUGUUUGAAAAGAAAAGCUUAUAGUGCAGCGGACCUUCAGGAAUCGUUUUCUUGCAAGAACCCCAUGAGUCCUUGCAGCAAGCCUUCUCCAACGGCCUUGAGCCUGCUCUUUCGGUCGUCCCUGUUCAGAGAGCUCCUUGAGAAGAACUCGUAUGUCUCGGAAGAAGAGAUUCAAGAUGGGAAUACUCAAAUUGAGAAGAUGGUUGGGAGUGGUGAUGGAUAUGGAGGGAUGUUCUCUAAUGAGAGCGAAGAUAUCCCGUUUGUGCUGUCUGCAAACAGGCAUACCAUUGAGCUGCAAGGGCAGCUUGAUCUCGAAUAUAGCUGCCCCGACAGUAUCUUCUGAUCAGGACACUGCUUCAGCUCAACCCGAGGCUUCUG